AUGACGGAGCUGCAGUCGGCACUGCUACUGCGAAGACAGCUGGCAGAGCUCAACAAAAAUCCAGUAGAAGGCUUUUCAGCAGGUUUAAUAGAUGACAAUGAUCUCUACCGAUGGGAAGUCCUUAUUAUUGGUCCUCCAGAUACACUCAGUGGUGUUUUUAAAGCUCAUCUCACUUUCCCCAAAGAUUAUCCCCUUCGGCCUCCUAAAAUGAAAUUCAUUACAGAAAUCUGGCAUCCAAAUGUUGAUAAAAAUGGUGAUGUAUGCAUUUCUAUUCUUCACGAACCUGGAGAAGAUAAAUAUGGUUAUGAAAAGCCAGAGGAACGCUGGCUGCCUAUUCACACCGUGGAAACCAUCAUGAUUAGUGUCAUUUCUAUGCUGGCAGACCCCAAUGGAGACUCACCUGCUAAUGUUGAUGCUGCGAAAGAAUGGAGGGAAGACAGAAAUGGAGAAUUCAAAAGGAAAGUUGCCUGCUGUGUAAGAAAAAGCCAAGAGACUGCUUUUGAGUGACAUUUAUUCAACAGCUGUAACUUCACUUAUUUCAGGGUCUCCAAUUGAGAAACAUGGCACUGUUUUUCCUGCACUCUACCCACCUAUUGCUGGACUUCUGUUGUAACAAGUUGGCAAACACUGGCUGGAACUGGGCUGCAAUAAAACAUGCCAGUAUCAGUGCUGACAAGAGCCUAACAAGUGCCAACUUACAGAUGAUUACACAUUUUGAAUUCUAAUGAACUGUUUUAACCUUCAGGAAGAAUUGUAAAGACCUGUACAUAGCACAACAUGACCCGGAUAAUAUAUAUACUGUUCAUGUACAUCCACAAAUACACCUUGUACCAAAUAAUGCUUUCUCGUAGUGGAAUAAGAAUCGUGUAAAUUCUAAAAAAUUUAGCAGGUUUUCUUCCCUAUUCAUUGUUUCUUAUCAGUUUUAAAAGACUCCUUAAAGCAUGUCAGAUAAACAGCAAUUAGGAUUAAAAGUUUCCAUUUAAUUUCCUUUAAACCAUUGAGGCUUCAUUAAACUCUUUCCACUUACUAAACUUUUGUAUCUUCUUUGUUUUGACACAC